AUUGAUCUACCAUCAGAUCUCAAGGCACGGCACGUGCACCCACGAUUUCACGUCACUAAGCUUCGGCCAUACAUGCCGAAUGAUGAUGCGCUAUUCCCUGGGAGGGAUCCCGCUAACUUUUACGACUUCGGCCAGGCCGAGGACUUAGAGUACGAAGUAGAAGAAAUUGUAACUCACGAAUGGCACGGGGAUAGUGUACUAUUCCUUGUGCGAUGGUCUCUGGGCGAUAGCUCUUGGGAGCCGUGGGAAAAUGUGAAGGACCUUGCGGCGAUCACCCGUUACUUCGAAAUCGAAGGAGUGACACGCAUGGAAGACUUGCCAAGAUCUCGGCUGCCGAUCCGAGGCCUGCCUGCACCU